UGUGUAGGAAUAUUGAAUUUACUUCUACUGUUAAUCAGAACUCGUAUAACAUGAGCUGAAAGCCGAAAAUAAACCAUUGGAAUACAUCGCAGCUAACCAGUGAAUUAAUUGAAUGAAACUGGACAAUCUAUGAAUUUAGGCAUCAAGGAAUUUGAAUAAUUGGUUUGGUACGUUCCAAGAAAUAUCAUCUAAAUGGCAGCAAAACCCUUUUCAAACGAAGAAUUGAAUUUCUUCAAAUUUUCAUCCAUCGUUUUUGACGAGUUUCCGAACAUGCUACGUGCGACAUUUGUGAAACUUUGGAACACAAAGAUUUCAAAAGUUCUUGGAUGUAAUGAAUGGGACGACACACCCGAAGUCCGCGCCCUUUUUUUGAAACACGAAGGAGGAACGACUGACGUACCAACCAACACAUCGUACCAUGAUUGGGAUUGUACAAAUCUGUUUAGAGCAACCAUUUACUCGAAGACCUUCGGAAUCUCCACCAUGUUCAAGAUUCAAACACUCAACGACCAAUAUAUAAAAGGGAGAAAAACCAGCGAAUUUCACCCCUCGCUGAUCAGUCCAGGCGGAGUCGAAGAAGAAACAUUAACUUUAGCCAUUGACCAAGUUCGACUUCUUAGAAACCAUCUGUGCCACUUGUCCAAAUCCAAAAUGAAAAAAGCUGAUUUCUUAAAGUAUGUUCAACUCGCUAAAGAUGCUUUUGCUGCAACUGGAUACUCGACCUUUCGAGUUGAUUAUAUUGGCAAUCUUAAAGAGGAUGAUUUUCCAACUAAUGAAGUUAAUAGGUUAAGAGGAACAGUCGAGUGCAUUUAUGAAAGAGUAACAGAAAUGAUACGCACAAUGAUCGAUAACAACGAACUCUUUCAAGUAGCGGUCAGAAGAUAUUCUAAUAGAGCUGAAGACAAUCCAGGGGAUCAACGUAAUGAAACAGGCUGUUUAGCAAAGGAAGGAGUUAUUCUCGUAAUAUUUGUCAACGGAAGAAUAAAGCAUGAACAAGAGCCAAAAGAUUUGGACAUAGAAGCUUCUAUUGGCGAUUUGCAUGAUGCACUAAAAAAAGAUCCUCGCUUAGUACGUGUUCUCGAGAACGCAGUGAAAAGAGCUUUGGGUUCUGAGAAACAUGACCAAGAAAUAACAAACAUCGAAAAAGGAAGUCUUCUUGUUUCAUUGCACUGCUUUACAGAUGAACGGUUUCUUGAGGUUUUGGAUGAUUUUGAAUCCAAAAGGCUUCAGGAAAGUUUUCUGAGGGAACUUUUGCUGAUUGGAAUUGAAAUGGAGGAAAUAGAGAUUAAGAUACUAAACAUGGAGGAGGUGAAUAAAGAAAGGAAUGCUGCUAAAACGAGGAUCGCAAUUAAAGAAGAAAAUCUUGAAGAAACAAGUAAAUCAAAACUUGUGAUGGAACCCAAGGAGCUAAAUAUUGGGAAGUUAGAAGCCAUCAGAAUGACGAAUCAUCUCGAAAUAGCUACAUGCACCGCACGUUCAGGAGAUAACAACUUGAAAUCAGGUAAGUAUAAAGAGGCAAUUGAGUGUUACGAAACAGCCAUUGAAAGUUUAACUAAAAUUGAAGAUUUAGAACUUGCUAUUUUCGAGUCCGCUCUACACACAAGUAAAGGCGAGGCUUAUAUUGGAUUGAAAGAAUAUCAAAAUGCUAUUGACUGCUUCAAAAAGGGUUUAUCACUUAGUGACGAUAAGUUUCCAGUAGCAAUCAGCAAUGAAGGUUUAGGCCGUGUUUAUUUUGAAUUAGGCCAAUAUAAAGAGGCCAUUAACAGUUAUAAAAUAGCUCUAGAUGCAAGUACUGCCAUUGGGGACAAAGCAAGGAUUGCAAAUAUUCGCGCGCUUGUUGACGCUUGUUAUGAAGUUUCAGGCGAAGAAAGAAGGGCUAUUGAAUACUUAAAAAAAGGCUUGGAAGGAGGUACUGCUGCUGAUGAUCGCAGAAAAAUUGCCGUAAGCCACAGAAACUUAUGCGACUGCAAUUUGAGCAUAGAGCGAAUAGCAGAGGUUAAUCGUGGUUUAGGAAGUCGUUAUUGUCAACUAGAAAGAAAUAAAGAGGCAGUUAAAUGUUUCGAACAAAUGUUAAGACUUAUGGCCGUUAUUGGCGACAAGAAAGGCUAUCGACUGUUUCAGAAACUCGUUACAGAUAGCAACGGCAAUCCGCGACCAGAAAGGUAUAGCUAUUGCUAG